AAAAACCGAAACUUUUUGUUCUCUAUCUCUCCAAUGGCGUCUUCUGUCUUCUUCUUCAUCUUCUUCCUCACACUAUCAUCAUCCUAUCUUCCUCUCUCAGUAUUCUCAGCAACCGUCGUCGAAGACCUUGCUAAUCUUAGUCCACCUCCUGAUUUCAACACCACAAUUUCCAACAACUGUCUUCGUGAUCCGUUGCUCCGUUACUGCAACAACACUUCUUCUUCUCCAUUGGACAUUGUUGAGAUUUUCAGAUCCACAAUCGUCGCUAGUCAUCUCUGCAACGAGUCAAAGAACCCUAACUGCGUCGAAUCUUUCCCUAGAAUCAGAAUCCACGGUCGUCCUAAAACCGCUGCGCUUUAUCUCUCUUUUGAUUUCUUCUGGAAGUACUGUCCUUUAACCGUCGUUGAUAUCGAGUUAGUGAAUAACUCUCUAACGAACGGUUUUCCGACGAAUGUUCUGUCUUGUGCUCAGAUUCGUACUCUUGAUCUAAGUUACAACCAAUUCUCUGGUUUUGUUCCGGUUCAGGAUCUCUCUGGAUUAACCAAUCUGACCCAUUUGAAUCUAUCGUAUAACCGUUUUUCCGAGAAUAAGAUCUCGGAUUCUGAGUUCUUUAAACGGUUUAACGCCUCGAGUUUCAUACAGUCCGGUGUUCUUCCCAAUGUUAAGCGUUACAAGAUGAAAGUUUUGGUCUUGUUGAUUGUGUUUCCAAUAAUGGUGAUUUUGCUCUGUUUUUGCUUUGGAUGGUUAUGUAUCAAGAGACCUGAUUACUUUCCAAGAACAUGCCGGAGAAGCUACAAGUUCACAUUCGCGAUGCUUGAAGCAGCUACGGAUGAGUUUUCAGAUGAAAACCUUGUGAGCACAAGCAAUGGAGUGGAUAUCUUCAGAGGCACGUUAAGAGACGGGACAGAGACGAAGAUCGAGGUUUAUAAAGAGAAGGUUUCGAGUGAGAAAAGGCGUGAAUUCGCAGAGGAAUGCGAGAUGGUUUUCAAGUUAAGACACAAGAAUUUGGUUAGAGUGUUGGGUUGGUGUAAUAGUAGAAACAUGAGAGCUUUGGUUACAGAAUGGAUUCAAGGAGAAAAUGUUGAGACUUGGUUAAAUCAAUGGCCAGAGAUUACAUUUGAUCUCACCACAAGCAGUGUUUUGUUAUCCGAUGAUAAUCAAGAACCUUUGAUUUCUCAUUUCAAGAUUGGAGAUGGAAACAACUUAUCAACAAAUAUAUUCAACUUUGGAUUGUUUCUUUUGGAGAUGAUUACAAAUCUAAGACCUGAUAUGGAACAAGAAGAUUCAGAAAGGAGAUAUCUUGAGUAUAUAAGAGUUCAUUAUCCGGAUAAUCUAGAGAGAGUGAUCGAUGAGAAGAUGAAGAUUGAUGAGAGAACAUUUGAUCAAGUUAAGCAAGCCAUUACUCUUGGACUGAUGUGUACUGAUAAACCACCAUUGAAGCAACCAAGCUUGACGCAGAUUUAUGACUUGGUGAGUUCAUUGUAUGAGUCUAGUUUACGACAUCAUUGAGAUAACUUUUGAAAGCUUUAUUGGUUUCUUUUGAUUUUCAAAUAUAUUUGUGUUAGAUGGUAUUGUAAGGAUUAAAGACAUUUGUGUGUUUUUUCUUUGUGAACUUGAAAUUUCUUUUGAUUAUUAGCUAGUACUAAAUAAGAUUUCUGUAA